AUGAGCAACAACUCUCAAGUUCCGAACCCGGCGCACAUCCAAGCCGACUCGAUGCUAGCGCGGCGUUUCGGCAAGGAGACAGUGAACUAUUACUCGAGCUCGCCAUUAAACCGUCUCUCGUUUCUCCGUUCAGAUCAUCCCUUCCUCUCCGCAGCAAUCAAGCACCCCUCGACCCGAUUCGUCAUCCUAAAGGACCUAGCGCCGCUUACAAGGUCCCCCACCGAACUGUAUUAUGCCAAAUACGACGAAGUGCGCAAGCUCGUUCCCGAGACGAUCUACGAUAAGUCGGAAGAGGAUCUCAUCAAGGAGCAUGAUUCGCGGAAAACAGAGCCGCAUCUUAUCUUCCUGGGCCUGGACGAGGCUCAAAAGGAGGAUGGGUUGACCUGGAAGAUUUACUCUGGAACGCCAUAUUUCGCUCUCGAUGCCUCGGAGAAGGGCUCGGAGGAGCAGCAGGCUAAUGCCAAAGAAGUGCUUGCUGCAUUCGAGGGCAAGGGAUUAAGCUUCUUGCAGGCGAGAGUGGCCUUGACGUUCUCUGCUGAUGAAGCUGCCAUCUACGCGCAAGCCCGUGCCAUAACUGACUGGAACACUCGCAACACCUACUGUGGUACCUGCGGUCACCGCACCAUCGCCGUAAAUUCCGGCACAAAGCGCGCCUGUCCACCCACAGACGCCGCACGCGUAGCAGAGGGCAAACCAGCCGAGAAGCCCGCUUGCACCACCCGCACCACCCUCUCCAACCUAUCUUUCCCCCGCACGGACCCGACCAUCAUCGUGGCCGUUAUUUCCACGGACGGAAAGCGAAUCCUCCUCGGCCGCUCCAAGCGCUUCCCACCGAACUGGUACUCGACUCUUGCUGGUUUCAUCGAGCCCGCCGAGUCCGUGGAGGACGCUGUGCGGAGAGAAGUCUGGGAAGAGGCUGGCGUGACACUCUCGCGUGUUGUCAUCCACUCGACUCAGCCGUGGCCGUACCCGGCUAAUCUGAUGAUUGGAGCCAUCGCGCAAGUUAGUGAUCCUGCUCAUGAGACGAUCAGCCUGAACCACGAUCCAGAGCUUGAGGACGCAAGGUGGUUUGAGAUUGAGGAGGUCGAAAAAGCGUUGAGAGUUGGUACGAGCGAUCUGGGUGGACAGGCGGGGCCAGAGUACAAGGAGGGUGGAUUGAGAUUGCCGCCACCAACUGCUAUCGCAAACCAAUUGAUACAGGCGGCUAUCAAUAUCGAUUUCCUCAAGAACUCGAAGAUGUAG